UUCUAAAUAGAAGUUUAAACAGCUGAACGGACCGGCUCUUCAGAAUAUAACGUCUUCAUGCAGUUUUUAAUUAGGCAUUAGGAUGAGCAAUACUGAUCAUUGGAUUUUUGAUGAUCAUGGAAAUCUUCAACAUUUUGAUGAAGAACACUGUUCAGCUGAUAGAGCCACGCCAAACAAUAUACAGAAAAAAAUCCAUGAUAUCAGCAAUUUGGAAUGUGGCUUUCAUUGCUUCAAUUUACAGAUAAAAGGAAGCAUAGGGAAAAUGCAUAGUGAAGUGGUCACAUGUAAGGAUUCUAAAAUUCCCACAAUGUUCAAAGAGUGUCUUGGUGUUUUGAGUGUAAGACCAAUCAAAAGAUCACAAAAGAAAAAAGGAUCUACAAAUUCUGUGGUGGCCAUUGAAAAGUUUUCGAACAUGUGUAUGGACAGUACUGCAACUGAUGACUUGAUGAGCAAAGAUAAAAAUACUAAGACAGACUGUUUGAAAACAUCUGUAACUACAUCAGCUGUAAAUGGAUGUAACAACGUUUGCAGGUCUGACAAAGUGGACAAUGUUUUGCAAAUGUCUGAAAUUGACUCUUUCAACAAUGAAGUUUCCUCAUCUUCUGAUUUUCACCAAGGUAAUUCACCUUUUAAUUUCAAUAUCAAUGAACCAAACAGCCUUAAUUCUCAUGACAUGGUUGAUGAAUCUUAUCAGCACAUUGAAAGGAUAGAAGACACACCAUCGAAUUGCGAGAGUUCAACUGUAUCACCUGCACAGCCAUUACUGGCAAAUGAAGACUCCCUUAUAAGAUAUUUGGCAGAUGUAUCAUGGGUAGAUUUAAAGGAAAGUAACACACAGUCAAUGUCAGUAGGAUUAGAGACAAAAUGUGCAGUUAAGUAUACAGAAAAUUUGCUACAUUCAAAGACUCAGUCAAAGGCAAAAAUGAAAAGGAAGAACACAUGUGACUCUAUGAACUUAAAGAAUGGUAAAAACAAGGCAAAGAAAAAAACAGUGAAGAUGACUGGCAUUGGAUCGCCAUCAAAAUCAAAAAGUGCAGAGGAAUGUACAGUAAGUUUGUUACGUCUGAAAACCCAAUCAAAAGUAAGAACAAAAAGGAAGAAAACUUGUGACUUUGUGAACUUGAAGCAAUGCAAAAGCAAGGCACCUAAGACGACAGUCGGAAAGAAAACAGGCAUUGGUUCUUUAUCUAGGUCCAAGAGUGCAGAGAAGUAUAACAUAAGUUUAUUAUGUCCACAGACUCGCUUGAAGGUGCCACGAGCAACAGAAAGAACAGAGACAGACAUUGGUUCUGUUGACUCUCUGAACAUGAAGCAAUGUGGAAACAAGACACCACGGGCAAUAGAAAGAACAGAGACAGAUUUAAGUUCUGUUGACUCUCUGAUCAUGAAGCAAUGUGUAAACGAGACACCACGGGCAACAGAAAGAACAGAGACAGACAUUGGUUCUGUUGACUCUCUGAACAUGAAGCAAUGUGUAAACAAGACACCACAGGCAACAGAAAGAACAGAGACAGAUUUAAGUUCUGUUGACUCUAUCAACUUGAAUCAAUGUGUAAACGAGACACCAUGGACAACGGUUGGAACUGAGACAGACGUUGGCUCUGUUGACUCUGUGAACUUGAUGCAAUGUGAAAACAAAAUACCGAAAGGAUCACACAAUUUUCCUAUGGACACAUGCUUAAAUAAUUCCACAUGCUUGUCUCGUAAUCAGUCUAAAUCAGUCCUACUUCCAUAUGAAACAUCAUUCCUACUUCCAGAUGGAACUGCAAUCAAAACUGAGCCGUCUAAUGAUGCUGAAUAUUCUUCUAGAGAUCCUGGUAGUCAAGUCAGAAUCAAAACUGAGCCUGAAAACAAUGCAGAAUUUUCUUCAACUUUGUUUGGAAAAACAGACUGGAUAAAAUCUGAACCAUUAGAUGAUGUUGUAUAUAAUUCUACAGAAGAUAAAUGUAUAAGCCACUCAACCUAUUCAUCUAAAUCAUCUAGUUCUGGUCUAGAAUCAAUAAACUGGUCUCCAAUAGCAGAUGACUUGAUGACAGGAAGGAAUAGGAAACGUAAACACACCUCUGAGACACCAGAAGGUAGAUCUUUGUCUAAAGAAAUAAUUUCUCUUGAAAAAUCAGAUUCACAACCAUUACAACAGUCGCAAGAGGAGAUUGAGUCCAUGUCAUCAGCAUUUUCCUUGCAACAGAAAGAUUCCCUUAUCCCUUUUAAAAUUGCAUCUGUGUUCUCGCUUACAUCACAUGAUCACAACAUGUCAAUGCAAGAUAUUGCCAACACUCAUGAAAAAGAUGAGGUAUGUAAGAAUAUCAAAUUUUCCAAAAAAUCAGUAUCAGAAACUCAUUCUGAUAUCUUAAAUGAUAAGAAUCUAGAUGCAAUUAAAUUGCCAGAUGAAAUGAAGGCAGACCCAUGUCUCCUUUCUCCUUGUCGUGUUGUGUUAGAAAAAAAACCAUUGAAAAAUGGCAGAAUGGAAGGCUCAAAAUGUACAAAAAGUUGCAGACAUAGGUUCCUGUCAAGACAAAGGACUCCUUGUAGUGCACAGGUGAAAAAUUGCAGAAAAGCUAGUAUAAAGGAAGAAACUUCCAACCUGGAACCCAAAAUUUAUGCAAAAACUGGAUCAGACAGUGUGGGUUUGAAUUCUCUUGGCAGUCAGUCUGCUUCCACCACCUUAGUUAGAGAACACACUGCACAUUCAGAUAUUCAGACCAAUGUAUCACCUUUGGUAGUUCCAUGUGAAUUACCUCCACAGACACUAAAGCAGCCUCCUAGGGCCAAGAGGUACUACACGAUCAAAGUCCAAGGCAAAAAUGUACGAAUACCUUUGGUAGGAUUGGAUGGUUUGCCUACUGUUCGCUACAUUCAAUCUCUUAAUAGACCAAUGACUUUCCCAGGUAUGCAAUUGCCCAUGGUGUCAACUGCAACAAAGAAACCGCCAGAACGAAACACUAAACUGUCAUAUCUUUCAGAGCUGAAAAAAUAUGUUGUUGUUAAGACGAUGGAAGUUCGCAGGGACUUGAUGUAUAGUAUAGCAGCAAAAUCAUAUGGCACGUUUACGCGAUCCAGUUCAAAAUAAACCAGUUGCUUGGAGAAGAAAAGGAAAAAACAAUAUAUGUCACUUGUAAAAAUUCCACGAAAAUUUACACUUCUCAUUGCAAUUCUAGUGCAUAAUAAUGUGUUUAUUUGUGAGCUAAUAUAAAUAAUGCAUUGGCAUAGAAAUAAAUUAAAAACUGCCUUUAUUAUGUUAGGCCAUAAACUAUACACAUUGUAUAGACAGUUUGGUGUUGCUACCAUUUUAUUUUAAGUGAUAUAAAAAAGAUCAACAUAUAUCUUUGGUUAGCUCUGUAAACUGUUUUCUAAAACAAAAUCCAAUUUAAUCAGAUCUCUCAUUUCACUUUGUGUUCUAUACAUGUUGUUACCUUAUACAAAAAUGACAUAUUAUGGUUUUAAUUAGAUUAAAUGACAUCAUGCCCUAACAGUAUUGUUUGCUUAUCAAGAACACGAGUAGCUCACACUCAGUAUGAACAGUGGCGUGCCAAUAAUAUAUGCUUGUAUGCCUAAGCAUACGCUCGAAACAGCGAUUAUUGUUAACAAAAAUUAUUUUGUCAUUUUUUCAUUUAUGUUAAUUAAAAUGUGUUGGUGUAAAUGGUAAAAAAUAUUCGUGAUUAACUGAAAUCUGACAGCUUCAGCCUCCCCCUCCCUCUUGGACCCGUUCUUGAAAGCAUACACUUCUAAAAGAAUUUGCUAUGCCACUGAGAAGUAAUUCAGCAGCUAGUAAAUGGAUGAAUGACUUUGUGAUGCGAUCUUUUCAGUAGUUUUUUUGGGAGGGACGGGUUUCGGGAAAUUAAUUGUACUUACUACAGGAUCCUUUGUCAUUGCAUAGGUUGAAAAAUGUUUGUAUGCCCCAUUUUCAAAAUAAUAAUAAUUCUUUGGCUCUUUCAGACUUCCAGUCAACAAGCCAUAUUGGGAAUAGUCCAUUUAGUUAACUGUAGAAUGCUUUUUUCUAUAAUAUCAACACAUUCAAUGAGAGCAUUGGCAGUUUUUAACACGUGUUUUAUUGAUGAUGCUAGUCAAUCUGUAAGGACUUUGGAAGGUUACUUUAAACUCUGUUUUGUGCUGUAUGACUGCCAUGUGAUCCUUAAUACAGUGUGAAAAUUGGAAAUGCUCCUGUAAAUACAUCGGGUGAUUUUAAAAGAUAACACUGUGAUAAGUAAUAGUGAAACUUCCCAUGUUACAGGAUGCAUAAAACACACGAUGGGAUUUUAUUAAAUGAAAUAAUAGAUUUAUUUCAUGAUAUCUUAAGUUGUACGUUUUUAUCUGUAUAUUUUCCUUCCAUUAAACUCUUGUGUUUUGACAAAGUGCCUAAAAGUGUUAAUGAAUGUUGUUGUCAGUGAGGCAUUUAAGGUUAUUGUAUUGUGAUAAUACUUUCCUGGUUUAUACUGUAUACCACAGACUGCCACAUGGCUUAGAAAUGUACCAGAAGUAUGAUGGAAAUGCAUCUUUAUAUAUUAAAAAAAAAAUGUGUAAGCACACAGAUAUCGCUAGUUUCUUUUUAUUGAUGUUAAAGAAAUAUGUACAUUUCUUAUAUUCCAUUAUCUUUGCUAGUAAAUAUCUCAGUACCAAGGGACAAUACUCUUGUAAUCCAGACCACAAGUAAAUGUUGCCCGUCUCCUUUUAUCCCACAAGACUAGUCAUGGUUAAUCUGAAGUUUUGUUUCGAUUGAUAUUUGUCACCGUCAAAAUAUAAUAUAAAAAUGGUAUAAUUCCGACACAGUGUUUAAACAUCACUAGAAUUUUGUUGACAUAAUACAUCAGUAUUUUGAAAUGUCUUAAAUGUUAAUGUGUAGUGUGUGGUGUUGUUGAAUAUUAAAUGGGCCUUCCCGAAUGGU